AAUACUUGAGGAGCGAGACCGCCUUUCUGGAAGAGCUGGUGUUUGGAAGUGGAGAUACCAUUGAACUUUCCUGUAACACCCAAGGCUCUUCUGUGUCUGUUUUCUGGUUUAAAGAUGGUAUCGGGGUUUCACCUACCAACAGAACUCAUAUUGGACAAAAACUGUUGAAGAUAAUCAAUGUGUCCUGUGAUGACUCGGGGCUGUACAGUUGCAAGCCAAGGCAUUCCAAUGAGGUCCUGGGAAACUUUACAGUCAGAGUUAUAGAUUCCCCUUCAUCGGGCGACGAUGAAGAUGAUGACGAUGAGUCCGAAGAUACAGGUGUCCCCUUCUGGACCCGGCCAGAUAAGAUGGAUAAGAAGCUGCUAGCAGUUCCCGCCGCCAACACCGUUCGCUUCCGAUGUCCGGCGGGUGGAAACCCAACUCCUUCCAUCUACUGGCUGAAAAACGGCAAGGAGUUCAAGGGAGAGCAUAGGAUUGGGGGCAUCAAGUUGCGACACCAGCAGUGGAGCUUGGUGAUGGAGAGCGUUGUGCCGUCAGAUCGAGGAAAUUACACCUGUGUUGUGGAGAACAAAUACGGCAACAUUAGGCACACAUACCAGCUUGAUGUAUUAGAAAGGUCGCCCCACCGACCAAUCCUGCAAGCAGGGCUCCCUGCCAACCAGACCGUGGUGGUAGGGAGCAAUGUGGAGUUUCACUGCAAGGUCUACAGCGAUGCGCAGCCUCACAUCCAGUGGCUGAAACAUGUGGAAGUCAACGGCAGCAAAUAUGGACCCGAUGGGACACCAUAUGUCACAGUGCUGAAGUCUUGGAUCAGUAAAAACGCUGAAGCCGAUGCUAACCUAAAUCUGUUCAAUGUGACAGAACAAGAUGAAGGAGAAUAUCUGUGUAGAGCCAACAAUUUCGUAGGCAUAGCCGAAAAACCAUUUUGGCUCCACAUUCGCAAACCAAAACCAGCGGAGGAGCUCAUGGAAAUGGAUGAUUCAGGCUCAGUGUUCACUGGCGUUGUCAGUUACGGCACUGGCUUUGUUGUCUUCGUCAUGGUGCUGGUCGCUGUGAUUAUCUGCAGGAUGAAAAUGCCAAACAAAAAAGCCAUGAACACCCCCACUGUACAGAAAGUCUCCAAAUUUCCACUCAAGAGACAGGUGUCGUUGGAGUCCAACUCUUCCAUGAAUUCCAACACGCCCCUGGUCCGGAUCACGCGGCUCUCCUCCAGCGAUGGGCCGAUGCUGGCCAAUGUCUCUGAGCUAGAACUGCCUCCUGAUCCCAAGUGGGAAUUGGCACGCUCUCGCCUGACCCUGGGGAAGCCGCUCGGCGAGGGGUGUUUUGGCCAAGUGGUGAUGGCGGAAGCGAUUGGGAUUGAUAAGGACAAGCCAAACAAGGCCAUCACAGUUGCUGUCAAGAUGUUAAAAGAUGAUGCCACAGACAAGGACCUUUCCGACCUGGUCUCUGAGAUGGAAAUGAUGAAAAUGAUUGGGAAGCAUAAAAACAUUAUUAACCUCCUCGGCGCCUGCACGCAGGACGGACCGCUCUACGUGUUGGUGGAAUACGCGUCGAAGGGGAAUUUGCGGGAAUACCUCAGGGCACGUCGCCCACCUGGCAUGGACUAUUCCUUUGACACCUGCAAGCUGCCCGAGGAGCAGUUGACAUUUAAAGACCUGGUUUCCUGUGCCUACCAGGUGGCCCGGGGCAUGGAGUACCUGGCAUCUCAGAAAUGCAUUCAUCGCGACUUGGCAGCCAGGAACGUGUUAGUCACUGAAGACAAUGUGAUGAAAAUAGCCGAUUUUGGCCUCGCUAGAGACGUUCACAACAUCGACUAUUACAAGAAAACCACCAAUGGUCGGCUGCCUGUGAAGUGGAUGGCUCCAGAAGCCUUGUUUGACCGGGUCUAUACUCACCAGAGCGAUGUCUGGUCUUUUGGAGUGCUACUAUGGGAGAUCUUCACUUUGGGAGGGUCUCCGUACCCGGGAAUUCCCGUUGAGGAACUCUUCAAACUCUUGAAGGAAGGCCAUCGGAUGGACAAACCCGCAAACUGCACCCACGACCUGUACAUGAUCAUGCGGGAGUGCUGGCACGCUGUCCCCUCGCAGCGGCCCACCUUCAAGCAGCUGGUGGAAGACCUCGACAGGGUCCUCACCGUGACGUCCACCGACGAGUACCUGGACCUCUCGGUGCCCUUCGAGCAGUACUCGCCAGCCGGCCAGGACACCCACAGCACCUGCUCCUUGGAGGAUGACUCGGUCUUUUCACAUGACCUGCUGCCCGACGAGCCCUGCCUGCCCAAGCACCCCCCCUGCAAUGGUGUCAUCCGGACGUGAGGAUACCC